AUGUUGCACUACGACAUCGACAUCACCUGGGUAAAGGGACAGGACAUGCAUCUGGCUGACAUGCUGUCAAGAGCUUACCUACCCACCACUGUAGGAGCCACUGAAUUUGGUGAGGUGAACAUCGUUGAAACCCUGAGUAUGGGAGAGGAGAGGGUUAAACAACUGCAAUCUCAUACUAACAAUGAUGAGGUUCUACAGACCGUCAAGAAGGUCAUCCACAAAGGUUGGCCGGAACAGAAAGCAGAAGUACCCGAAGCGGCUAAGUCAUACUUCAAUAUCCGAGACGAGCUAAGCGUGCAAGAUGGACUAGUAUUCAGGGGAGAAAGAGUAGUCAUCCCCAUAACCCUCCGCAAGGAAAUGAAGGAAACUCUUCACACUUCUCAUCUUGGAAUUGAAGGGACCCUUAGAAGGGCCAGAGAAAUCAUCUAUUGGCCUGGGAUGAACGCGGAUGUCAAGCAGUUUAUCCAGACAUGUGAAGCCUGCAGAAUGUACGAGCAGCAGAACCAGAAGGAAACCCUCAUGCCACACGACAUCCCAGACAGGCCAUGGGAGAAAGUAGGUACCGACCUGUUCGAACUCAACAAGAAACACUACCUCGUUACCGUCGACUACCUUUCCAACUUCUGGGAAAUCGACAGACUGUAUGACCUUGGCAGUCGGGCAGUAAUCGGGAAACUGAAGAGCCACUUCGCUCGAUAUGGCAUCCCGAGCACUGUAAUCAGUGACAAUGGACCACAGUACUCAUCCGAAGAUUUCGCGAAGUUCUCUAAAAGAUGGCAGUUUGAUCACGUCACAAUCUCCCCAAGACACAGCCAGGCAAAUGGGAAGGUAGAAGCUGCAGUGAAGGCUGCAAAGAGACUCCUCAAGAAAACAUCACAGUCUAAGGGUGACGCCUACCUAGCAAUGCUAGAACUCCGAAAUACCCCAAACCAAGGUGUUGACAGUAGCCCAGCGCAAAGGCUUCAUGGACGGAGGACGAGAACACUACUUCCCACUUCAUCCAGUCUCCUGAAACCAAGAGGUGCAGAGGUUCUCAGUGAAGACAGGAAAAAGCUUAAAAUGCUACAACGUAAGCAGUCGGAACGCUACAACUUACAUGCCAAAGAUCUGCCGACAUUAGUAGAAGGAGAUAUCGUACGUCUCAAGCCAUACAAAUCAGGAAGCACAGUUUGGCAAAGAGCAGUGGUAAAUAGACGGCUCGACGAGAGGUCCUACGAGGUGGAGACCGACUCUGGAUUACUCCUCAGAAGAAACAGGGUCGACCUCAAGAGAACUGAAGAACCCCCACCAAACACUGAGGAAGAUCAACAGAAAACAAUUUCUGAGAAGCCACAGCCACAACCACGUGCUCAUGGGACUGAAAGGAAAGAGGCGUAUCUACCAUCUAACACUGUCAUGACUAAACACCCUCAAAGUACUCAAAAUCACGUGAAAGAAAACAAACCUCAGAGAACACAAAAUACUCGAACAGAACAGGUAGACAAAAAUGACACUCAGUCUUUCCUAAAGACCAGAUCUGGUAGAGUAAGCAAGCCACCCCAAAGAUUUGGUGACUAUGUUGACAAGUAA